AUGGGUAUGCCGUUAACCAUCGGCUCUCCUCAUCAGCAACAACGUACACCGCCUCCUUCUACCACCCCGACAAGCGCGCGCUCUUCUGAAGCAAGCACAGUUUCGGUUCCUUCACCAAAGUCUCUUAAACGAAACAGUCUUCCUCCAAAGGUGGCAACGAUAAACACAAAUACCGGAUGUGGAUUGGGUGGUGGCAAUAUCCCAUCUUCGCCACAACAACCCAUACAGAUCCCAUGGCGGUGUCCGGGGAAAUGGCAAAUGCCAGAUAUCAUUGAAGAAGCAUGGAAACGGCGUCAACAAGAACAAAGGUUUCAACAACAACAGAAAAAGGACAAUGACACGAUUAAAAAGACGCUUAAUACUUCCACCAUUCCUCUUCACAAGCGUCCCUGGAUACCAGUGGGUCGUGUACCUGACAUUUUGCCAUUCCCACCACCAAUCAUCAAGCCGCAACAACACUUGCAGCACAUGCAUCCCGAAUUUGAAGGCAAGCUACGCAAGGUGUUACCCAAAUCAAAAUCCAUGGAAGGGAAUCCACAUAAAUGUUACGUUGCCAUGGCAAGAAUUGGCAGUGGUGCAAAUGGGGCUGUCAUGCGUGCCACCAAACGAAACGAUAGCACGUGCCAAGUAGCUAUCAAGCGAUGUUUGAUUGAAGAUCACGAUGUCAACCACCACACCUAUGUCUUGCGAGAGAUUCGUAUCAUGGGCUGCAUCAAUCAUCGUAACCUGAUCCAACUUCGAGAAGCUGGCAUGUGGAAGGAUGACCUAUGGAUGGCCAUGGAAUUGAUGCAAUGCUCUGUAUUCAAUUUGCUUUACAAUACCACCCAAGGUUUACCAGAACCCGUGGCUGUUUGCAUUGCUCGUCAAGUCCUCGAAGGAUUGAUCUAUUUGCAUUCCAAAAAUUACAUGCAUCGCGAUGUCAAGUGUGAAAAUAUUUUACUCGGCCGAGAUGGUCAAGUGAAACUUGCUGAUUUUGGCUUGGCUACACCGUUAACAAAGACCAACAGUGCUCGAUUGGGUACAGCCAAGUGGAUGGCGCCCGAGGUCAUUGCAGAAGAACCAUAUACAGAAAAUGUUGACGUGUGGUCAUUAGCAAUCACCAUGAUUGAAAUGAUGGAUCGUGUACCACCUCUUUAUGACUUGGAUGACACCCGCCAAAUCUUUUAUCAAAUUCUCUACGGCAAACCACCUUCGUUUACUUUCAGCAAACCAUCUCCCACAGUGCAAAGUUUGAUCCGAUGGAUGCUGGAUCCCGAUAGUCAACGUCGUCCUUACGCCAAAAUGGUGCGAGAGAAAUUUGAUACAUUGAUCAGCGAAGGUCGACUAGGAUGUACCGAUCAAACCGAGGUGGGCGCUCUUGUCCAAGAGGUGUUUUGCAAACCAUCUAAAAAUUAG